AUGUCUAAAAAGAAGCUGAAGAAAUUAACUGGCAGAGAAGACUGUUUGGAUGACCGGGAUGACAAAAACUCUGAAGACACAAGAUCUUGCAACCGUGCCAUGAAAGGAGAGAAAGAAUUUAAGAGAUUCAAAAUAGAGAAAGAUGGACGAGAGAAGAAGCGAGACCGAAGUUCUAAUAGUUCUCAUGACACUUAUAGAAGAUCCCAAGAAAAAUCUCCAAAUAGAAGCAAAACUAGGGACAAUUUUUUAAUCCAAACUGAAAAGCAAAAGAAAAUAGUUAUCGAAUUUAAAGCCAAAGAAAUUAAACAUGGGAAAAGUACACGCACUCCUGAUGUAGCAGCUACUAGCAGGAGCAAAAGUUGUUUUGAAGGAACAGAAAGCAAAAGAGUCUUGCAUAGCUUUGCAGUUCAGAGGGACAAGGCACUGAAGAAAAAGAAGGAGAAAGCUGAACUCUGCAAGCUAAAGGCGGAACAAGCUAUGUUGGAAAAGUUUAAGUCACCUGUAUAUGAUUUACAUGUGCCACGUAGAAAGUCAGAUGGAUCAAAAAAACAGAGUGAAGAUGACAGAAUUCCAAAAAUGCCACCUGACACCUCUACAAGGACUGCACGUGACAACAGGCCUUCCACUAAGAAGACAAAUACAACUUCUAGGACCUGGGAAGAGGCGUAUGAAGAAGAGUAUAAGGAGCUUUCCAAGAAGAGACAGCAUAUGAAUAAACGUGCACCAUCACACUCUUCAGCUCCGGCGCCAGCGCCGCAUCGCCGGGACUCUUGCAAACGGAAAAAGCAGGAUCCUGAUUCUGAUAAAGCUCCUGGUAAUUCAGGGACUGAGGAAAGGGACUUGGAAGCCACAGCAUUAUGUUUUAAGCAGAACACUGAGAUCCCCUGCACCUCUGACUCCUACCAAGAUGUUGAGGUCAUAAAGCCUGCCCAGAAGAGCUGUGAAAUCUUUCCACCCCCUCAAGGUAGUCAGACCGCAGAAACAGACCAAGAGAUGCAGAUAGCUGAAGAUUUGCACAUUGCUCGUAUUCAAAAGAGGAUAGCCCUGCCUGUAGUACAGACUUGUGGAGAACUUACAAGUAUGGAAAUAGAUCCUCCAGAGCAGGAUUUAAAUGUUUCUGCUGAGGCUUGUACUUCUGGUCUGAACAUGUUAGUGGUGAUUGACACAAAUAUAAUGAUUAGUCACCUUGAGUUUGUCAUAUCCCUGAAAGCUGAGGAUAUACCAGGAGUUGGCAGACUUGCAUUAAUAAUUCCUUGGGUCGUUCUACAAGAGUUGGACAACUUGAAGAAAGGAAAAAUGUUGCAGCAUGUCCGGGACAAAGCUAUCCCUGCAGUCCAGUUCAUCUACAAGUGUCUCAAAAACCAAGAUCCAAAAUUGUGGGGGCAAUCCAUGCAGCUUGCUUGUCAAAAAAUGUACGGCCUGAGUUACGAGAACAAUGACGAUCGUGUUUUGCAGUGUUGUCUGCAGUAUCAGAGCCUCUUCCCUCAAAGUGUUGUCAUACUCUGCACGGAUGAUAAAAAUUUAUGUAACAAAGCCAUUGUGAGUAACAUCAAGGCAUUCUGCAAAGCUGAUUUGGUUAUUGCUCUACAGAAUCUGAAUGUAAACAAGCACCAGAAGUGUGUUGAGAUGCAACCAUCAAAAUGUGAUACAGAGUUGGAGAAAGCAGAAGGAGGGAGUGCUGCUCCUACUCAGCAAUUCCCAAAUAUACUUCCAGACCUUGAGAAGAACUUAGGAGAAGCUUUAUCUUGCAUUUUGGAGACUGAAAUGAAAAUUGCAUUUGGAAACCUAUGGAUGGAGAUCCUUUAUCUGAAGCCACCAUGGACAUUAGCAAACUUGCUGAAGUGUUACAGAAAGCACUGGAUGGCUGUUUUUGGUUGUAUUGUGCCAAGGAAUUUACUUUCAGCCGUUGAUUGUCUCUAUAAUCACCUUUGUACAGGAGGCCCGCUUGACUCCUCAACAAUGCAUCUCUUGCUUCAGGAAUCCAAAGCAUUAUUCCAUGCUUUCAGUUCAAGGUCAGACUAUAAUGGUGUCCUUCCCAGGGCUUAUGCUGAAGUGACUAAGCUGUUCCAGACACUUAAAGAGGUGAGGUCAGACAGUGAGCAGGAUUUACCAGAAGACGUCAUGGUUUUUUCAGAAACUGCUGGAUGUGAAAAAAUGGAAGCAGUGACACCAAUUCAGCAAAACUCUGAAGAAACUAAGCUAGAAUCCAGCUUUCAUGUGCCUCAGGAAAACAGGCACCAAGAAAUCUGGUCAGUCCUUGAAGGUCUGUGGAAUACAAUCAACUCCUACAGUAAUGAAAUUUUCCAAAAGUUGGACCUCAAUGCCCUAACUACAACAGGAAGGUCUUCAUUUGAAGAAGCUUUCUUAGGUCUGCAGAAACUGUUGGCAGCUGUGAAUGAUAUCCGUGGAGGGAUUAGUAGAAUUUUGACCCCAACCAGUAGUUUCCAAGAUAUUUGGACCCUCUAUGACUUCCUGACAAGCAACGAGAUAAAUAACAGCAUAAAAUUCACUGCUGAGGAGCUUUAUGAGUGUGUUUCAGAAGAGACCUAUCGGAAGCGGCUGGAGGUGGGCUGUUGCCAGCUGGCCCAGCUGGAGCUCACCAUCAAGCAGUGUCACGCCGUGGUUCACACCGAAGCCAAGAGCCUGGGCUGGCUGUGA